UAGGGAAACAAAACUGAGAAAAUAAAAGAAAGCUCUCUUUCUCUGUGUGUGUGUUCUGUGUCUGUGUCCGUGUGUGCAUGUUAGAUAAGGUGAGGUUGGAGGAUGACAUCGAUGGCAAUUCAUCAGUUUCAAGCUGCGAAUUGGAAUGCGUCUUUCAAGCCUUCAACAUCGCUUCCCCAAGCUCACUUUCAAAAUCUCAAGCCUAUCAUUCACUCCUCCUCUUCGGUAUUUGUGAAGCCAAGGACAUCUUCCAUUUUCACUGCUCGCUCAGGCUCUGAGUUCAAACUCCGCCACCCCUCCAGAAAGUUCCAACUCUCUGUUUCAGCCGCCGCCGAAUCUGUAGUGGCUGAAGAGUCCCCCGUCGAUGAUGUUACCUCCGAAACCCCUUCAGAAAAUAAAGAGAAGCUUGGAGUGGUUGUGAAGCCAUUAAAGAAACCAAGGCUUGUAUUGAAAUUCAUUUGGAUGGUUUAGAAUAUCGGCAUUGGGCUUGACCAACUGAUACCUGGUCAUGGCACAAUCCCUCUAAGUCCCUACUACUUCUGGCCCAGGAAA